AUUUAAGCGUCUUCAUCUCUCACCUAUUUUAGGAUUGAGGAAGGCUACACUAGACUUUAUUUGCGCAGUAGCAUCAUAACUUCUAGGUUAAUUCGAAUGAAACGAGUUGUCUUUUCUUGGAGGAAAGAAGUUAUGUCGACAAAACAAGCGUAUUAGACCAACAGAUGCUGGAUCACUGUCAGUCAGGUUUGUGUGAACUGUACUUUUUUUUGUUGAAAAUCACUCACUAAUAGUUACACGAAACUUUUAAACUCUUCACAAGAUGGCAAGUGCGACGAUAGAGUGCGACGUUUGUAACGAGAAAUUCGACUCGGGCAACCACAAGCCACUUUGCCUCGCAUGCGGCCACACGUUUUGCUUCUCUUGCAUUACACGGUUAUGCAAUGUUCGCGAAACCAAAAAUUGUCCGAAAUGCAGGGAACCAAUUUCCCAAGAUGCUGAUCAACUGCCAGUUAUCUUCGCAUUGAUUCCAACCAAUGAGGAAUCACUUCCAAGCGCUGUGGGUUCACCGUCAGAAGCGCUGUGUCCCCAGCACCAGAAGGCGCUGGAUUACCUCUGCGUGGACUGCAGUGAAUCCGUGUGCUUCACCUGCAGCAGGGGCACACAUGCCACACACAAAAUAGAGAUGACAGACGACCUGCUUCAGGAUACCGAGAACGUUGAUGGCGUCUGGGCGAAAAUACGGUCCACGUUGCAGAAAAAACUCGAUAGCGUUAGUUCGGUCGUCACGUUAUCUGAUGGUUUAUCGGGCUUUAUUGAUGACAUCAUCAAACUGAAGCCUGAUUUUGAUGGCUGGAGGGAUCUGCUGUUGGCCCAGAAAGUGUCCACUGAGCAGGACCUCAAGGCUUGGAAUGCCUCGGUCACCAGACUGGAUGGCAUCAAGAGACUCGAUUGCAAGGAAAUUCUCUGCCGUCUGAAAUUGAACUUUGGAGAAAAUGGAAAGCUACCUGAAAUUAAGGCAUUACUGGAUGCUGCCGCUAAAACAAGUGUUUCGUUAGAAUUAGAGACGUGCGAGGUCAUGCCGAUUGGCAAACCUUGGAUCAUCGCCAGCAGCGAUGAAGGAGAACGAGCCCUUGCAAGCCUGGCCAGCAACAGGCAGCCCAGUCGCCUCGUGGUGCUGUCCACCCACACCCGCCCCAUCCCGGGGCUGGGGGAGCUGCUGUCCCGCCUCGCCGCCCACCACACCGGCGACAUCAGCCUGCUGCCCCUGGACUUCUUCUGGAGGCCGGCAGGAGAGGCGGAGGGAGGCAUGGGAACUAUCGUUCAUAAUUUACGUGGACGGCUGACUGCCUUGUACUGCUCCCCCUACAUAGUCCAACUGGAUCUUUACCACUCCACCAUCAAGAAGUACAACAUUCGUCUCGACUGCCCAUCCGAUGUACUGUGGUUUGCUAAAUUGCCUAGACGUACUAUCACAAAUGUAUGCUGCGCCAAGGGCGUCCCGAACAACGUUGGCACUACCUUAAAGGAUAGCGGUGUUGAGGUCACCCGCUGGCACUUUCCCGACCUCAAAGAUCAGGACGUGGACUGGUUGUCACACAUCCUGUCAUCAUAUUCCGACAACCGCCAUCAAAGUGUGGAGCUUGUCCUCCCGAGGGAUCAUCUCUCUGCCGUAGGCGCUCGUCAGCUGUUUCAGAAGAUACCGAAUAUUCGGGUGUUGUACCACGAGCCUAACGCCUCGCACCUCACGGCAGCUUGUAGGGAUGUUCACGCUGCUGCGGACUGCAUCGAGUUGUCAACUACCAACAUUCUUCAAUGGAUAUAAUACCUUCAUCAAAAGUUAGGGUCAGACAAGAAAACAUAAUCAACCACAACUGGAAAUUUUCAUUUUAUAUUUAGAUUUUAAUUCACAUGAGGUUUCUAAGAUAAUAAAUAUCAUUUGAGAGCGAAUAAAUUUAACGGCGUAGAGGCCUUCAUUAAUGAGCAUUUGUAUUUUCACAGCAUUAGUUCCGGCAGAUAAUUGGUAAGCUUUUUUCUGAACAAUUUGCAUGCAGGUUCAUGCAAUUACUUUAUACCUUUUUCAUAGCAUUCUUUUUAAAC